GUGUGUGUGUGAGAGAGAGAGAGAGAGAGAGAGAGGCUCGAGUAUAAUCUGCAGGUCAUGGAGACUUUUGAAGGAGGAAUUCAUCUCCUCCACAUCUGCUCCAGGUUAUGAGGUGCUUGUGAAAAAGUAUUGUUGUGGGAUGGCGGUGUUCUUCAGCAGAGAUGCCCGAUCUGGAGCGAGCUGUCACGAGAAAAGCAUCCACCCUACACAGAAUAGAAUAGCUGGAACACACUGUGGUAUUUGUCUGGGCUCGUCACGUGACGCGUGUGUCCGCCUCCUGGUGUCAUGUGACGUGAUUGACAGCCGAAUCUUUUCCUGCUCAAUCUCAGUGGGCAAAGUUUGAGGGACACAAAUCACAAACAGGCUUCUCUUCUGCUGCUCCUCGUAACUUUAUCGCUUCUGCAACAUUCUGAGUGUUGACGUCAGCAGCGAGCGCGAGCCGAGAGUCCUGUGUCCGAGCGGAGUGACGGCUGGUAGAGCUGGAGUCGGAGGGGGCAGAUGGGGGGGCAGGGGGACCGAUGCCCGGGGAGCACGAGACCACAGCGGCUGAGAGGAGAGACGCGUAUAACAUGUCCCGUCUGCGCAGUUCAUCUCUGGAGAUCAGAGAGAAAGGAACAGAGUUCCUGCGAGAACAACUCGACGCUGCGCAGAAGGAGUUAAAGUUGAAGGAUGAGGAGUGUGUCCGACUGUCUCACGUCAGGAAUCAACUCGAGCUGGAAUUGGAGGAGCUAACUGCCAGUCUCUUUGAGGAGGCUCAUAAGAUGGUGCGUGAAGCCAACGUGAAACAAGCAACAGCUGAGAAACAACUCAAUGAGGCGCAGGGCAAGAUUGAUGUCCUGCAGGCUGAAGUGUCGGCUCUGAAGACGCUGGUGUUGACAUCUACUCCCUCAUCACCGAACCCUCAGCUCCACCCUCAGCUGCUGUCGCCGGGGUCAGGUCGAGGCUCUCGGGGUCACACGCGUAAUAAGAGCGCCAGCAGUGCCCUACAGCUGCAGCCCGAGCCGAUGUGUGUCCCGUCACAGCAGGAGGAGAGAGAGUUGGACUCGGUGUUGUUCGCGGAGUUUCUCUCGUGGAAGGAGUCGGCGAGUUUGGAGGGUGCUUCAGCAUUCCUCAGCAGAGUUCAUAGAGAAGACAUCGGACCCUGCCUGUCGUUCACCUGUUCUGAGCUGUCGAAAUCUGUUCAGCGAGCCGUGGAGAACAACUCUCUGACCAUUGAGCCUGUUGCUAUGACAACCGUUCCCAUGGUGAAAGCCAUCGAGUGCGGAGGACCCAACGGUUGCCGGGCGCCCAUAGAAACCAAGUGUGCGUUGAGCGGCAUGUCCCGCCCCUGCCAGCAUCGCAUCAAACUGGGAGAUAAAGAAAACUACUAUUACAUCUCUCGGUCCAGUAGAGCACGAAUCACAGCCGUGUGUAACUUCUUCACGUACAUCAGGUACAUCCAACAGGGACUGGUCCGACAGGAAGUUCAGCAGAUGUUUUGGGAAGUGAUGCGCUUACGGCGAGAGAUGAGUCUGGCCAAACUGGGAUAUUACAUGACCGACAGCUAGCCAACACACACACACACACACACAUGCAUGCAUGACACACUCCAGCGGUGAUGUUUUAUAUUUCUGUGUAUUGAGGGGAUGUUUCAGAACACUAUAUGGAAGAACUGUUGUCAGGUUUUGUUGUGUUAUGAAACAGCAGUUGGUUUGUGUUUGUGUUUGUGAUGAAUGAGAUGGCGAGUGUUGACUAACCUCACACAGAUGCAGAUGAAUCCUUUAACAUCUCAGAGACCUGAAGAGCCAAACACAAAGUGUCUGUGUUACAUCAUCACAAGCUUUACAAACCUGUGAACGCGUUUCGUUUAAGGUUCAUUACGCUUUAGUUGACAUGAGUUUUGUUGACUGUAAAGAUGAACUUGUGUUGUCAUAACACGCUCCAUACAUACGUAUAGAGCUGCACGAUUGACGAUCAUUCAAACACAAAUCCACGUUCAAUGUUUACAGUGCCUUCCGUUCACUCGAAACACUACAUAUUUAUUUUCUCUUGUGUUCAAUCACAACAAAAAAAUCAAAUACAUACCUUACGGUCGGCUGCUUCAGUGUUGUAGAAG